GAACACGGUGAUUGUCGGGCUCAGAGUUGGCUUGAUCAUUGCAUUGGGUUGGAUAGAUAUUCCUGGAGAGAAUCUGCAAGUCAAGAGACAAACAUCUGUUACGUAGCAAUAAUGGCUCGUUGGGCGAUUUUGUGUGUAUUCCUAUUAGUGCUAAGUCAAGCUUGGACUCUGGGUGAAAAACCCGUCCCUUCGGAGCUCAAGGAUCCGUUCCUCUUUUGUGACGCUUGCUAUGCGACCAUCACAGAAGUCACGGCAAUGAUGGUCCAAUCCAAAGGCUCGAAACUCAAGCAGCGGAUCAAGACCGCACUCGAUUCCGUUUGUUCCACCGAUCACCUACGAAGAUAUAUUCUCUCACCCCCCAAAAUGACGAAAGCCUGCUCCGCUCUCUUGAAGACGUGGCGCUUUGAACUCGAGCAAUUACUCCAAGAGCAAUUUCAUGGCGGCAAAGAGUCUAACGUGGAUAUUCUCCUGGAGACCUUCUGCCGAGGAGAGUCUUCCAUUCAAGCUUGCCGAGAGGACCAAGAGUUUCCUACUCGCAAAAGAGAUCGCGAGCGGUCAGAACAGCAGUCAAAAGCCCAAGAGCCCAAGGAUGAGUUGUGAUGAUUCAUGCUUUGCAAAGUACAAAACGCAAACCACAGCCAACAAGGUCGAGUCGUGGAAAUUCGUAUUUUGCAUUGUUUGCAUUGUUUCCUUGUAUUCUGAGGAAGCUCAAAUAAAGCAUGAACCAUCGGCCAA